UAUGGUAAUCUAAUAUUAUUUCUCCCUUUAUAGAAAUCAUAAGAGCAUAGCAUGCUUGGUAAAGUACUAGUUCUUCUCCCUAACGGGAAUGAUCGAGCUGAGGCAUCUAAAAUAGACAAAAGUAAAUAUGAAACUCAUUUCCUCCACGCCUCCGAUGAAGUUAAAGAUAGGAAAAUGUCGGCACUUGCCUACAGCGAGUACUUGGUAAAGCCAGGAUUUCUGAACAACUAUGUUGAGAGAGCGGUGGAGUACGUCAAGCAUAACGGAAUAACUGGAAUCAUGUAUGGACAUGAUAUGCCUUCAAUUGUUGCUUCAGUUGUCUGUAGGAAAACUGGACUGCCUGGCCCAUCGUUAGAUUCCACCUUCAUAUGUCUGCAUAAGUAUUACUCCCGCCAGAUUAAUCCUGAUAAUCUUUGGUAUGAAUACAUCGAUCUUGACGAUUCAGACGAAAGCUGGAAGACCAGAAUACACUUUCCCUGUUUCGUGAAAGCUCCAUUCCUCACGUCAAACAAAGGCUGCUGUGCUGUCGACAACGAAGAAGAAAUGGUGACUGCGUUGAAAAAUAUUCGGGAGCUCACACUACCGUUCUUCAAGGGGUACGCAGAAUUUUUUACCAAAUAUCUCGAUUUGAAAAAGUUCCCCUUGGCAGUGAAGAAUAUUGUUGUAGUUGAAGAACUGAUUCAAUGCAGAGAUCAAUAUUUCGUUGAAUCUUGGGCUGAUGAGAGUGGCGUUUGUUCAACUUAUACUACCGCUGUUGAAUGCUUUUGCAACCAAAAGGAGGAUAUUCUCACAGGAUACGUCACUCCGGAGUUUACAUUAAACAAGACUGAAGGUGAAAAGAUGGUGAAAACAGCUGAAGAUGCAGGACUCCGCGCAGGGCUCCGCAACACCUUCUUCAACGUGGAGUUGUGGAAAAUUGGAACUGAUUUCAAGAUCGUGGAAAUAAAUUCUCGCUGUGUUUCAAUGUCCUCGGCUACAUACACAAGAAUGUUUGGUUUUAGCAAUUACGAGGCAGCAAUUGCCCUGGCUUGUGAGAAAAAAGAGAAAAUUCCUAAAUCUCCUGCAUCUAUUGUUUAUCAAGAAGGUGAGUUUGAUUAUUAUUUCAUUCAUUUAUUAUUUCUUCUCUUCCAAAACGCUCACUCAUGCGCUGCAGUCUGUUCGCUCGUGUCAGAUCCGGGUUUUUUAUUACAAAUAUUGAAAUUUAUGAAAGUGGUGACAAGCAUAUAGAUUUUCAUACUUCCAGAGUAAAAUAAAUUAUCAAAGUAGCAUGGAACGUACGUAAACUGUUUGCAUCGCGAGCUGGAGGCGCAAAUAUACGCAUGCGAAAAAUGGAAAAUUAAAUAUGGUAAAUACUGCAUCUUUAAGAAUUUGCGAGUGGGGAGAGGUGUAGACAAAAGCAAUCUUCACUGCACGACGAGGCGAUAUGGUUUACUGGGUGUGUAACAUUACAUUAGGACUGGAGGCGGACUUGCCUCCCACCAGUUUAUAUAUUAAGAUGGGCCCUGGUGCCCUUCGGAGCACCACGAGCGUUCGGAGCGUGACAAAUGCACAAUAAAAGAUCGUAAAAACACAACUGUUACAGCAGCCUACACCCCUGCCCCUGCCUGAUUGCAAACAAUUAAGCUACUGUCCUGAAGAAUAUUUGGUUCGGACUUAUUUUUGUCUGAAAUUGGGUGGUGAAUUGCACAGUUUUAGUGGGAAAUAAGGUGUAUUUCAUGCUUUGUCGGCGGAUUAAUCCCCCAAAAAUUUUGGGAAUAUCUUUCCAAUGUAAUUAUUAAGUGGAUGAGAAAAUUGUUUUAAUUUUUGAAAUAACUCCUUCCUCAAGGUAGAAGGCUUUACCAGUAUAGGGCAUUGAACUAUAAAUAAACUGGAAGGCUAACUGCUAUGAUGAAGGCCUAUGAUUUGAUGAAGCCAAAAUAGUUUUUCUGAGUUAUGAGCAGAAAUACUUGACCCCAAACGUCAGGCUAUAUAUCAAAUUGAAGCUAUUGAAAAUUGCUAUUCGGUGUGGAAAUUUCAAGACUUCAGCGAAAAGAAAAAUCUUUAAAAAAUACAAAAACAACUGCAAAACUGCAAAUUAUCGGUAAUUAUGUUUGUAGUUUUUCAAUAUUUCCCUUUUCGCUAAAGUCUUGAAAUUUUUACACCAAAUAGAGUUUUUCAAUAGCUUCAAUUUGAUAUAUAGCCAAACGUUCAGUGUUGAGUAUUUCUGCUCAUAACUCAGAAAAACUAAAAUGCACUGGCUUCAAUUUCCCCCCCUGAGUUAGCCUUCCAGUUUAUUUAUAGUUCAAUGGUAUAGGGUCACAUUUUCGAUAUAUUUUCACGACAUAUAUUACAUGAUGUUAAAAGGUUACUAGGAACUUAAGUCCAGGGGCGUAGCCAUCCCCACACGAGUGGGGGGGGGGGGGCAAUCAUCGAAUUCACAGAACAACUAGCUAGCGGCAUUCCAGCGGAGCCCCAGGAAAUAUUUCUAUUUUUAGGGUCUGCGAAACGCUAUCUCGUGCAAUUUAAUUAGGCAAGUUUUAUGAUAAUCGGAAAGCCACAGAUUUGAUAUGUUUUAUGUCGUAGAUGAAAGCAUUACGAGGUUACGCCCGCUCCCUGCCAGUUUUUCCUUGGUAGUUUGGAACGAGUACAAAAUUGAAGGCAAGGAUCCCCUCAAUCACGACAGCGAGGCUCACUCUUAGCGGAUUAAUUUACUAGAACCAAUACAACUGUUACGUUGCCGAGUAGGGUUAUUACUUAUAAUGUGGAAAGUACAUGCUACUGUAGAUACACUUUUGAGUUUCCAAAGUGUAAUGCCUUCUCAUGUUUCGUUUUGUCAGGGGACGAAAUCUCUGGCGAUUUUUAUGUCUUGUCGUACGAAGAGGGCAUCGCCAAAGAUUUGAUCGAUUUCGACUACGCGAGACGCGGAUCGGUAGUGGAUGGUGCUUAUAGUAACCACGGUCCAGGUAUUGAGCUUUUUGUCACAGAGAAGUCAGUGGUCAAACAAACAUCGACAAGAGGUUUCAUGUUAUGCUGCUAUAUGAUAACAGCCAAUUCCGUUGAUGAGCUUUUUGAAAACAUGAGAAAAAUCCGUAAGAAAAUCUUUUUGUGCAAAGAUCAUCUCGAUCUGCAUAUCGUUGAACCAAAGAGAUUGGAAUAUAACCUGCAGAGAGGUUAGACUCGUUGUUUUCUUAUAUUCGUCAUUAAUACUGAUUUUGUAUGAGAAAUGUUUAGUAAUUCUCAUCUCUCGUCCCAAAAUACAGCAUGUAUACCGUGUUAUAUGAUGUAUACAGCAUAUGCAACCCGUACGUAAAUAUAUGCCAUAUAGACAUUUGAUAAAGGGAAUGAGACUUGUUUACAUGAAAGAGGAAACGAAGGACACAAGCCUAAAUAUAACCAAACCAAUUAUACGUAUAGCUAACGGGGAUUUUCAUGAAAAUUUAGUGCUAUUUUGAAGUAUUCGUUAUAGACACGUUCAAGUAGACAGAAACUACAAUCCUGGCAAAAAUGAUUCUGGACAGUGCGUUCAUGAAUAAAAAAGCUAUCUUAAUAAUAUCCUUGCAAAACAGCAUUUUUCAACUUGCCCCCGUUCAAUGUGAAUAUAUUUUUUACAGCUAUGUGUCCACGGAAUUUUUGCCAUGAAUGUAGAUACUGGAAGGUCCAAGAGAAUGUUACUGUCUGAGAAACAGAAUAUAGCUUAAAUUGUAUGAAUAAUAGUAAAAUUUCAACCACGAACUGUAAUCUUAAAUAUCACUUUUUUCCUAACAACUAGCAA